AUGCCUGUGUCUGUCCAGCGCUUGACCACUAGGCGUAGGUCAAGAUCGGCCGAUCCCGGGGCGCGACGAACACGCGGUGCCGCAGCGGUGAGCGCGCGAUCGCUGUCACGCCGUAGACCCGACAACACGCGGGCCGCUAAUGCGAUGGACGUGUAUGAGGCGCAGCAGUGGUGCCAAACAUUGGCCACAGUAUACCCAUCGCCGGUGCCCAGUGGGCAACUGCCGCGCCUAUGGCUGGCCGUACGGAAAAGACCGCUAAACGGGGCCGAAAGUGCGCGCAAGUGUUGCGAUGUGGUGUCGGUGUUAAACGGCCGGUCCGUUUUGGUCGACAACUGGCACCUCACGGGAUACCCCACACAUCACUUUAGGUUUGAUCACGCCUUCGACGAGAGGGCCGACACCGGACGUGUCUACGCCCACACCGUUCGCCCGUUAAUUGAAACCCUGUUUGCCGGCGAAAUGGCCACGUGUUUGGCGUACGGCGUGACCGGCGCCGGGAAGACGCACACAAUGGGCGGUCACUUUCGGGCCAACGGCGAUCAGAUGGCCGGCGAUGGUGUUUACGCGUUGGCCGCCGCGGAUGUGCUCUCACGACUCCGGGCGCCCGAAUACAGGACGAAAAAUAUGAACGCGAUGGAUUUAUUAAACUACAAUACAAAGCUCCGGGUGGUGGCGGACAGUGGCCGACCUGUCCAAGUGAUUGGCCUACGGGAGUGUUGCGUCUAUAGCGUUGAAAAAGUGCUUUAUUACGUAAAAAUGGGCACAAAAUUACGCAACUGUUGCUCAACGUCGGCGAACCGGCAGUCGUCCCGAUCGCACGCCAUCUUUCAAAUAAAGUUGAGCGAAGAUGGGAUCGCACUGACCGGUCGGCUAUCGCUUGUGGACUUGGCUGGGGUUGAGAGGGGCGGCGCCUACGACACCGGCUAUCAGUACAAUCGGCAAACCAUCGCAGAGACGGCCGAUAUUAACAAAUCACUUAAAGACCUCAAUGAGUGUAUCCGUGAGUUGGGCCGACCGGACGUUCAACGCCUGGCAUCCCGGGGCCACACUUUGACCCGUGUGUUGCGCGACUCGUUCACCGGCAAUAACAGCCGCAUUUGUAUGAUUGCAAUGAUUUCGCCGACAAUGCAAUCGUGUGAACACACGUUGAAUACUCUUCGAUAUGUGGAUGGCUUGAUAGGGCUCCGGGCGGACAGUAGUAGUCCCGUUCCCGUCAACGGUACCGAUGAGAACAUUGAAAGUAAUUGUUUUAUAUGUGUCUAUUCGGAGAACCCAUUAUUACCCGAUAGCCGCAGAGCACCCGUACCUACACAACACCUUUGGACACCGGUUUACUCCCGAGUAUUCAAAAGGCAACAUAUAAAGAAAGACGCCACUGGAUUCUUCUCGUAUUUCUAUAACCCGUCGGUACCUACACGUCGCGGACGACCCCCAACGUUAAUACCCGACUGGUUAUUUCCCGAUAUACCCGUUUCGGUAAAUUCAAGAAGCAAUUUACCCGUAUAUCGCGCAUUACGCAACAACAUGGCGGCCAACACCCCGAAGCUUGACCGCUACUCUGGCGAUGGCAAGAUGAGCCCCGAAGACUGGUUCAACGUCUUUGACAUCGUCCUGUUAUCCGCAAACAUUGUCGACGACAAAGAUAAGGUGACAAAACUUAUCUCAUAUCUCAGUGGCGACGCAUUCGUAUACUACGGUAAACUGGUCGCCGGCCGGCUGGCCACAAUCACGUGGGCCGAAGUCAGAGCGGCCUAUAUCAAGAAAUUUGCGUCACCCGCACCGGCGCCCCUAUUGCAAGCCUCGAAAAUGCAAAAAUGCAAUCAAACCAUUGAAGAGUAUUUCAAAGCGAUGACCAAACUAUUGGACAAAACGUCGGCCACCGAUGAAGAGCGCAUCGAUAUGCUGACCAAUGGUUUGCCGGACAGCUAUCAGGACCGCCUGAUAGGCAAAGAUAUCGAUACACCGGACAAAUGGCUUACAAUUUGUACUAAAUUCGAGUACAAGUUCAACGCAAAGGCCGGCCCGAAGCCGAGCACCUCUGGCCACACAUCCGGAUCGCAAUCAAAGCAUCAACACAGUGCUCACUGCACAGUUGAUCACUGCCCGGAUGUAAAGCGCAAUAAACAAACUGAACGCAAACAGUUUGACACAUCGAAGGCCUGCCCUUACGAUUGCCGACACUGCAAAGCAAAGGGCAUCUCUAUUAAGCACUGGCACCGCGAGUGCCCUAACCGGCCGUCAACCCCACCGUCGGAACGACGGGCCGAUCAACAAAAUAGCACUCAUCUCUCACUGAUGAGUGACAACAAUGUCCUAAACCCAGAGGACACGCUGAUUACCAUUCCCGCGGCGAUCAACGGCGACAAAACAGUCGUUAUCUGUGACAGCGCCUCGACGUCAAAUCUGGUCUCGGAUUCGUUCGUGAGGACCGACGGUCUGCAGACACACAGCAUACCAUCGACAGACAUACGUCAAGUGUGCGGCGUCGCCCGUACGGACCGUGCGGCCACCUUCGAGCUGACCAUUAAUGGCAUCACAAAGACUGUCAACGCAAAGAUCAUCAAAGGGUUCCCGUAUUGCUGUCUAAUUGGCAUCCAAACCUGCGGUGCAUUCAAAAUUCACAUUGAUAUGGAGAACCGCACGGCCACUGUCGGCCGCCCCGCUCUUCCGCGGAAGGAGGAACAGACGCAAACGACUUCUCUCCCGAUAUCUAUCAUAAAACCGCCCGAAAAGCCGUGUUGCCACAUUCCCGGAAUCAACUCUAUCUCCGGAUUCGUUACCGAUACAGACAACUGA